GACCCCAGGGGCGUGUCUGGCUCAGGUCAAGAGAGCGCGAACGGAGGGCAAGGGCGGGGCUUGGACUCGCGCUGACCACUUAUAAAGGCUGAGGUCCCUCUCCACUUCACCAUCACUCGAAUCUAACCCACUGAAGUAAACGGUACUGCCUCUCUCUCAAGUGACAUCAUGAAGGUCCUAGCUAUUGUGUUGGCAUCGGCAGCAGCAGUGGCGCUUGCCCUCCCGGCGCCACAGGGUCACUCGGCCGCCCAAACAACAUAUCCUGUCAUCCCGUACAACUACGGCUACGAGGUCGCGGACGCCGCCACCAACAACUUCCAGAACCGCGCCGAGAUUAAGCUUCCCAACGGAGACGUCUUCGGCUCCUACUCGUGGCUGAUGCCCACCAACGAGAUCUUCACUCUCUCCUACAACGUCACCGGAAACCUGGGCUUCCAGUACUCUAUCAACAUCACCCCCGUCGGCGUAGCCCAAUAAGGGUGCCGCUGUUGUUCAAAGGCGAGGCGGUGCCAUUCGCAAGGCGGCCCAAGCACGGGGCUUUGCGAGAGGGGCGAAGGUGUUUUGCGCCCUUUUGCAACAGCCGUCUGCUUGUGUUGCCGAUUGCGUAUGUCAUCUGCCAGUGUUCGCCAUGACAGUUUCUUCUCUCCUCUCUUCUCUUGUUCAGUCAUAUAGUUACUACUUCUCCUAAAUGAUGUCACGUUUAUUUCCGACUUUUAUAGUGUUAUAGACGUCGCUUGAGGCGAUUCCUAGUGCGGCCGACGGUCCUGGUUGACUGUCAGCCUCCUUCACUCAUUAACAUUGCAUUCUUUACAUGUUUUUUUAUUUUUGUUGUAUUGUUACUACGGGCCCGUUGUUAACUUUGUAUAAAUAUAUAUUUGAAAAUGAA